AUGAGGAAAGAGGGCAAGACUAACCUCCUAUAUGGGGAAGCAUCUCUACGGUCCUCAGAGCCACCCUUCACAAGAGAAGUGAUGGAGGUCCCACUGCCCAGUAGAUUCAAGAUACCCACCUUUGAGAGGUAUGAGGGCCUCUCUGACCCAAUCAACCACUUGGAUACCUUCAGGGUGUUGAUGCAGCUGCAAGGCGCUCCUGAUGCCAUUAUGUGCCGAGCCUUUGCAGCAACCCUCAAGGGUAGCGCAAGAGAUUGGUACCAGACCUUGUGGCCCGGAUCAAUCGACUCCUUCUCGGAGAUGGAACAACUAUUCACCGGCUACUUCCUCAGCAGUCGGAGGAUUGUCAAAACAAUAGCUCACCUAAUGAGCAUGGUCCAGGGAGAGAGGGAGACACUAAAGAAAUUCAUGCAUUGCUUCAACGCAGCAACCCUGGAGGUCCGUAAUCUAGACAUAGGAGUAGCAUUAGCAGCCUUGACCACAACUUUCCAACCUGGAAGCUCCCUGUACUCGCUAGGAAAAAACCCACCGGUUGAUAUGGGGGAGUUGAUGGCCCGAGUGCAAAAGUACAGCAACUUGGAAGAGAUGAUGGACACUAGGGGAAGUCGUAUUGAGUUGAAGAGGAAAGGGAAUAUCUGGGAGAUGGACGAAUCCUCUAGGUCUGCGAAAAGGCACAAGACCACUACGCUACUCACUAGCCCUAACAUGAGACGACAAUCCAGUAAGUUGUCCACCUAUAUACCCCUGAAUAUACCGCGUUUUGAAGUACUGAUGCAGAUAAGAAAGAAAUAUUAUGUCUCAUGGCCCGAAUCCAUGCGAACUCCGGUGUAUAAACGAAACAUGUCUAAGUUUUGCCAAUUCCACAAGGAUCACGGGCAUGACACAGAGGAGUACAUUCAGCUAAGAAACGAACUUGAAGCCCUAAUAAAAAGGGGAUACCUAUCAAGGUUUAUCAAAAAAGAAGAUCCGCCGAGGGAACCUCGUGAGCAAAAGAGACCCAACGCAAAUGACAAGGAAGAACAAGUCAUAGGGGAGAUUGCAGUGAUCUUCAGAGGAUCUACUAGUGGAGGAUACAGCGGAGGCGCUCGCAAAAGGUACGCUAAAUAG